UCACAAACGUACUUAGGAAUGCAGUUAGGGAUUUAACGAGGUCAUGAUGUGUUUAUUGAACGUUUAAGGACUUGUGGGUAAAACCUAUAACAAAUUAGGCGACGAAGAAAUGCAAAGACUGCUUAUAUCUCACCAAAUUUUUCUAUUUACGGAAACAUGGCUUAAUGUAUAUAAUACCAUGUUAGAAAAUGUAAAAAACAAUAAUGAUACGAAGUCAUGGGCAUAUAAUGUUAAGAUUUUAAUACAAUCUAUAGGUUUUUCCCAUGUGUGGAUAUAUCAAGGUGUUGGAGACAUAGAUAUGUUUCUUCUCGUGUUUAAAGAAAGAAUCAGAGAUGUAUUUUUACAAAAUUGGAAUAAUGACUUAAACGAGUCAACGCGAUCUAGUUCAAACACUAUGUAUUCUAUUUUUAAGGUACAACCAUAUUUAUACCAGGUAGAUGUAAUCGUUACAACUGUAACUUCGCACCUCAAUCAUGACAGAGCGAAAUGCUCUAAGGACAUUGUAGAAAAGGCCGGAAAAGCUAUGCAACUCGAAAUUCGGAAACAUGAAGACAAAGUGCCAUUGAAAGAAGGUGACCUUAUCGCAACUUCCGGCGGGAGUCUGGCAUGCUCCAAGGUUUAUCACUUGAUACUUUUGCCACGAAAACAAGAUUAUUCUAAGGCAAUUAAGACACUUGUAAAGAAAUGUUUGGAAGAAGCAAAUGUAUCUUCACUGAAAACGAUCGCCUUCCCCGCGCUUGGAACUGGAAAACUGCGUUUCCCCAAAAGCGAUGUUGCGAACGCCAUGUUCGAAGCUGUGGAAGAAUUUAGCAGAGGGAACCCUAGUAGUAGUGUCUGCGUCGUGUACUUUGUUUUAUUUCCUUCGAAUACGGAUGUGUUUACUGUAUUCAAAACGGCAUGUGCAGCAAGAGAAUUAUCUCCCGGUGCCGACGGUGCUAGUUUACAUAAUGGCCGUCUUAACCAAAACAAACUGCAGAAAACGGCCGGCAAAACUGAAGGACAUGUGGCCGUUGCAACCAGCAUUACAUCCUCGUUUUCCGAUUGUACUAGUACACAAGUUGGCUCUUUGGAAAAUGAAGAAUUCUUUUUCGGAAAUAUUUCUCGCGUUGAUGCCGAGCAAAAACUUUUAGUACACCCGGUUGGUGUGUACCUGGUCCGUAACAGUGAGAGUAAACCUGGCAGCUACGUUAUUUCCGUUGGUAAACUUGAGCGUGUCAAACACUACAUUAUACAAAAGAACGAUGCUGGAAUGUUUUAUACAUCGAAAGGAAGACUGCUACAAUCUGUACAACAAGUGAUAUAUGACCUCAAAGACUCUGGAGAACUUGUGUCGCCCUGUCCACGGGAUGACCUGGGUCCGUUUAAUGAACGGGACAGUCAGACAAACAAGAAAACAGAAACUUCAGAACAGCAUAUGGUGCCAAGCGAGCUUUACACCAGACACAGACAGCCUUUAUUGUCGCAAGCAUUCGCAUCCAGCGCUGUAGCUGAAGCGAAAUCGGAGCGCAUGACUAUCGAGUUCUGUUCAUACAUGUACACGGCCAACAUUCAUCCCCCGCCAUAUUGGACUAAGUUCACGUCCGACAAAAGUAUUAAAGAAUGGAAACUCAAUGGCACAGGUGAAACACCCUUAUAUCUAGUGGAUGUGGACCAAGAAACGUACACAAUAAUUCAAGGUCUGGUACGGAACUCGUGGGAAGCCAUCACUCUAGGAUUAGGUCGUGAAGCUGAAGAACUCUGCAACUUAAAGUAUGACGGUUUAAAGAUAACAAAAAUACAGAGGGUGGAGAAUCCGACUUUAUACGAACAAUAUGCAACCAGACGACAGGCGAUGUUCCUUGCGUCGGGAAAAGCGGGUAUAUACCCAAUGCUAAGUGAUGUUCCGGACAUGAAAGGUGGUGCAUCACAUAUAAGAGAACUGUUAAACGACAAAUGGUCGAAACGAUUGUACCAGGAAGUUAACGAAGAGUACUUCUUCCACGGGACCAAGACUGAAAGAGCAGGGCAGGUAUAUGCACAAGGAUUGGACCCUAGACUAGCAGCCAAAGGCGUCCUAGGGCCAGCCGUAUACAUGGCUGAGAAUUCCACGAAAGCCGACCAAUACUCAGACUCCAAAAACGCCCGUCGAUCAACAGGACUGACUAUGUUCCUAGUGAGAGCCUGUCUUGGAAACAUCUGUCGUGUGACCGAUUGUCGUCGAAUUAGGCGACCACCGUGCACGGAUUUCUCAUGCAAUAACCACGAAUGUCAGCACGUGAUCAGAUAUGACAGCGUCGUGUCAGAGGAGCAAUUUAUUUUCAGAGAAUUCGUCGUGUACGACGGGUCUCAAGUAUAUCCGGAAUAUGUAAUAAAUUACGACCGAGUUUAAAGCCGCACACAAUAGGCAAAUGCUCUAACUCAGACCCAACAAUUGAAGGUCAAAUAACUUUUUUGAGUCUUGACUAUCGGAAUUGUUCCAUCUUUCAAAGACUAUUGGUUUGCGGUGUUGACUUUUCAGUGUGUAGUGAGCGCUGAAUCAGAUUUAUUGUCUUUUAUCCACUUGUGAUAAAAAUGUUCCAAUUGCAAAACAUUCUGCUGGUACAGCUUAAGAUUCACGUUGAUCCUCAUCGAGUAUCAUAGCAGUUUGUUGUUUGCUGUUUGGAUGUAGUACAUCGUACACAUAUGCAUACAUUAUAAUCCUUAUUUGGAUGUAGUAUAUCGGACACAAAUACAUAAAUUAUAAUCCAUGUUUGGAUGUAGUAUAUCAUACACAUAUACAUACAUUAUAAUCCAUAUUUGUAUGUAGUAUAUCAAACACAAAUACAUAAUUAUAUUAUAAUCCAUGUUUGGAUGUAGUAUAUCGUACACAUAUACAUAAAUUAUAAUCCGUGUUGCCGUAUUUCCAGUCUGUUGAGUCUAUCAGCGGUUGAGUUAAUUCGUUUUGUGUUAAGGCUUAAGUGUAAAACUGUUUGGCAAUCAGUGACUUGUCAUUAAUAAAGGACAUUAUUAUAUUAAUAUGUAAUUGCAGUAUUUGUAGCUAAAUUUACAUUUUUUAUUAUUAUAAGAAUGCAUUAAUUGUCAAACUAGUAUGACAUGAACUUUUCAUAUGUUAGAUACUGCUUAUAACAAAUACAGCGAUCCUAUGCAUUUAACAACUAAUACAUAUUAGUCUAAGUAACUGACUAAUAUCAUACAUAAUACAAGUGAAAUAAACUUUGCCUAGCUGCGUAGUAUUUAAAUAUUAUCAUAAAACUAAAAAAACACGAUUUUAAAAUCAUAUAAUUUUAUGCUAAUAUGUAUAAACUCAUAACUCAUAUGGCUUUAUCUUAGUGUAUGUUUGUUAGUAAACCGCUUUUAAUAAAUGUGGUAUUCACCGUCCCUACAUUUUAAACAUUGUUUUUUUUUUAUUAAAAAAAAAAUUGGUUUUGUACGACGAUAUUUACGAAUGUAAGUUUAUAUUUAGAAACAAUGUCAGAAAGUGUUGUAUCUUUUUGUGUUGAAUUUCAUUGAAUACAUAGCAAUAGCCAUUGAACGAAAACAAAUACGUAUGUCUGUAAUCUGAAGUUUCUGGAAUACACCAAUGGGCAGUCUUCGUGUUAUACCGAAAUGUGUAACCAGUUCGCAAGGAUCUGACGACAAUGUUCUGAUUUAAUUUACAUUAUUCUUAAAGAUGAUUGUAGGUUUAUGUCUAAAUAAACGUGUAUGCAAGUAAUUAAUUCUAGGCUAAGCGUGAGACUAGCGUCAAUAACACGUUUAGACCCAGAUGCUUUGAAUUGACCGUACCAAUGCGGUGACCCCAACUUUUAAUCUUGUGUUGUUUUAGUGUCGCAUUGUAUAUACCUGUAUUGUGUAGGCAAAUGGUCACUUGCCUUAUAAAAACGACUAGCAUGGUUUUACAAGAAUUUCUAAUAAUGCUUCUGGGGUGUCAUUAUUCUAUGAACUGAAAAUAAAAAUAAAUACGAAUGGCCA